GCCACCAACUCCCUGUGAGCAUUUCUUAUAUUCGGAUCAGUGAACAGCUGAUCAACAACAACAUGGCAGAGACAUUUUACUUUAAAACAUUUUACUUUAUAACAUUUUACUUUAAAACAUUUUACUGUAAAACAUUUUACUGUAAAACAUUUCUGUUCAUGUUUUUUCUUCUGUCUGUUUCUGCAUCAGAUCCAGAGGUUUCCUGUGUUUUCAGACAGAGCUGCUUGUUGCCCUGUCAGAUCCAGCUUGGCUCUGAUCCACUCAUCCACUGGUACCAAGUGUCAGCUGGAGAUCUUCUGGUUCACUCCUACUAUCACAACAAAGACCAGCUGGGUAAGCAGAACCAGAACUUUAAGAACCGGACGUCACUGAUCCUGGAUCAGAUCUCCACAGGAAACGCCUCCCUGCUGCUGAAGGAGGUGAAGAUCCAGGAUGAGGGAAGAUAUAAAUGUUACACCAGCACCAGCACAGGAUAUAAAGAAUCAUUUAUAAACCUGCAGACAGAAGCUCCAGUCUCUGACAUCAGGAUCCAUCAGGAUGGAAACAGGAUCACCUGCAGCUCAGAGGGGAUCUACCCUCAACCUGAACUCACCUGGUCCACUGAGCCUCCAUCCAACACGACUCUGAAUGAAACUACCAGGAUCCAGAAAACUGAAGAUCAGCUUUACAACAUCAGCAGCUCUCUGACGGGUCCAGAUGGUCCAGAUCUGACCUACAGCUGCAGCAUCAGAACCAGGAGGAACCAGAAGACAGAAACUUUUAUAAAACCAGAAUCUGUGCAGAAAGAUGAAGAUUUACCCUGGUGGCUGAUUGGUGGUUUGAUUGCAGCAGCAGUGGCAGUAAUAAUAAUCAUAGGAGUGACAGUCUGGUAUAAAUGUAAAAAAAGGAAGAGAAAGGAGAGAAAAACAACUGGAAACAAGAAAACAAGAGAAGAAAACACAACAAUGAUCCAGAACAUGAAGAAUCAACUGAACACAAAACGACACAGAACUGAAGUUCAUGACAGCAGAGAGCUGGACGAUGAUGAAACUUUGAUGAACUUCAAGAACUUCAUUUGGAGGAAAAGAGAUAAAAACUGUAAAUUAAGAUCAUUAUUUCAUGUUGAAGUGAUUUAUUAUUUUCUAUCUUGAA